UAAUGCUGCAACGUUCCCAUGAAGAGCCAGCAGUUUAUAAGCAGAAACCGUUUGGUUUCGAUUAGGAGAAAGUUUUUCUGUGGCUCAGGGGACACGAAAAUCCCCUUCAUGACAGUAACGCAUCUAAAAGAGUCCAAUUUGGGGAGACAGGGCGAUCUCUGAUAUGGAUCAAGUGCCAUCUGUGCCCAAUUUACUCGCAGGUCGUGGAUUAUUGAAUUUAAUGAUAUGGGUGAUUAUCGACGAAUGCUUUGAGCCCAUUAGGUGGUCGUGUGAAACACUAAUAGUGUUUGUGUCACGUGUCCGGUUGAGAGUCGGGGGGGACAGGCGCUUUAAAGACCGCGCUCCGGUCAUCUCAUUCAAGCUGCGAGACUGACAGACAAGAAGCGGAGGAGCCAAGACCACAAUCCGAGAGAUCAUCACCACCUAUCCGGUUUGAUGAAGCUUGAAGACGAGAAGUAAACUAUGAGAAGUUCCUCUUCUCACGCGUAAUUACGCACAUCAGAUCCCUUUUUUCCCCUCUUCUUUUUUUUUCUCUCAGCAAAGGAUGCUGGACCCCAAGGACUGUGGAGUGACAAUGACGUCCAGUCAUAAGAUUUCCUUUUCUAUAAUUGAUAUUUUGGAUCCGAAGAAAUUCAACAGCAAAAGGGCAAACGAACUUUCCAUCGUCACCGAGAAGUUUCCUGUGCCAAAUGCAGUGGGAGCAAGUGUGGAGUCGGACAGCACUGCAGGUGGAGACUUCAGAGUUGAGCGCAUGGAAACAGUGGAAGAAACAGGAGAUGAACACUCUGCAGCCUCCAAACAUCAUGCAGUUGAUGCUGACCCCCUUCUGCUCUCCCCACCGGCUGAAACAGAGGCCCGUCUCACCGGGGAGCAAGACGAUGGAGGGUCAACGGCGGUCACCUUGCAGGACCCCUCACCGCACAAGCGGCGACGCCCUGACCAGGCCUGCGCCAAACCACGGCGCGCCAGAACAGCAUUCACUUACGAGCAACUGGUCGCUCUGGAAAACAAGUUCCGCACAACUCGGUACUUGUCCGUGUGCGAGAGACUAAACCUGGCCCUGUCUUUGAGUCUGACUGAAACUCAGGUGAAAAUAUGGUUUCAGAACAGGAGGACCAAAUGGAAAAAGCAGAACCCCGGGGCGGACAGCACCUUGCAGUCCGGCUCUAAUUCUCUUGUCAACGUUAGUCAAAACCCUCCCACGUGUGGGUCAAGUCCCGCCAGCUUCCACCAAACUUUCCCUAACUUCAGCUCUGGGAAUGUGAUCUUCCACACAGCUGGUGUUCCGCUUUCUUCCACUGGAGGGCUCCUGCAUCCCUUCAUGUCUAGUGGUUUCGUCCAGCCGACUUAUUUUAAUCCACACCUAUGAAAGAAGCCAAGACUGACAUAUUGCAGCUGGUGAUACUUUUUUGGGAACAAAAUAACUUUUCAAAGCUUGAACUUGUUCUGCUCAGAAUCAUUGUAACUUAAUGUCAUGUCAUGUUUUACAGACUGAGGGGAAAAGGGAGCAUCUUCCUUAUGAAACUCAGAAAAAAAGCUGUUGACUGUCUUUAAUCUUUUGUCAUGAACUUUUUCCAAAACGCCAAAUACAUGACCUGUGACUGACAACUAUUUAAACAUUAGUGCUCCUCCUGUCAAAAGACUGCACCACUAUGCACUGAUUGUCUGUCCUUGUGUCUGCUGAACCACCUGCUCGCACCGUGCAUUUGACAGCUCAUACAGUAUAAUUUUCUGCAUCUGUGUAUUGCCUUACAUCUCAAACUGUGGCAUAUUGCAACCAUCCAAUAGCCAGCUGUGUUUCUACCUCUCACAGGCUUGCACAGCUUACGUCUGUUGCCAUUUAUACCACAUUAACAGUGUAACUUAAUUAA